UGUGAAGCAGGUGCGUGGGGAAAAGUUGGCGAAUUGAUUCGGGAAGUGGAGUUGAGAGUGAGGCGCAAACAGCAACAGCAGCAGCAGUAAACAAACACGGUACUUCUACACUUGGCACAGCCACGUAACAGCAAGCAGUCGGUUGGGACGGUGCCAAGCUAGGUGCACCUUCGCGCUCUCGCCAUCAAAGGAACUCUUCCCCCGGCGCUGGUGACGGCAGCGAACUCGGCGACUCGAGACGACGCAGCCCCCGUGUGGCCCACGCGGGCUGCCGGGGGGCCAAGUGCGCGAAAGCAGCGCACGGCAGCAGCGGCAGUAGCGGCGGCAGCAGCGCUCGACCAGCGCCCCCCUGGGGGGCCCCACCACCGCCGUCGCGAUGAACGUCGGCGUGGCGCACAGCGAGGUGAACCCCAACACGCGCGUCAUGAACAGCCGCGGCAUGUGGCUCUCGUACGUGCUGGCCGUGCUCCUGCUGCACGUCGUGCUGCUCUCCAUCCCCUUCGUCAGCGUCCCAGUCGUGUGGACGCUCACCAACGUCAUCCACAACGUGGGAAUGUAUUUGUUCCUCCACACACUGAAAGGCACCCCCUUUGAGACUCCGGACCAGGGCCGGGCACGCCUCCUCACCUACUGGGAGCAGAUGGACCAUGGCUUCCAGUACACUGCCUCCAGGAAGUUCCUCACCAUCAGCCCUAUUGUCCUGUACUUCCUGGCGAGCUUCUACACCAAAUACGAGGUGGCUCACUUUGCGGUGAACACCGUCUCCCUGCUCAGUGUCCUCAUCCCCAAGCUGCCCCAGCUGCACGGAGUGCGCUUCUUGGGCAUCAACAAGUACUGAGGGGGGGACGCGGAGGCGUGCCCCAGCUGGUUCAGCAAGCCCCAGCUGGUUUGGCACGCGUACCCCUCGUGUGCUUUUCCGCCACCAAGUGUUGCUGGGCAUUGUCGCUCAUCAGUGGUGGGGUACGGGGGGGGGUGGUGCGGACACAAUACGUGCGCGCGCCGAUACGUUCGCCGUGCGUCUCGUGUCGUUCUUUGCUCGUCCACACUUGCCCCGGUGUCCCCUGCCCGUCUUCCCCCUGGAGACUGAUUUUGCCCUUUGUUGCGAGCAUCUACAUGUCUCUUUUGUGUCCUCGUCAGGGGUUUUAUUUGUGUGUGUGUGAAUUUGUACACGCAUCCUUCCGCGUGCGUUUGUUCGCGUGCAUGCACGUGCGUGUUCGCGGGCUUUAUUCGUUUUGCGGCGGGGUAAAAAUUUGCCGCCCGCUUCGGGUCUCCGCCCAUGUAAGGGAAAUGCGCGCCAUAUGGCCAUAUGACUUUGCGCGGAGCGCCCCUACACCACACUGCCCAUGUGUGCACGGCUGCAGGCGUUGGAUGUUGCAUUCGGGAGAGCUCGGGGGGCUGGGGUGGGGGGGUGUAAUGGCUAGCUAGCACGCACGUAGCAACGCGAGUCCUCUGGCUCGGGUGCGAGGCUCUCGGAGCGCCCCCUUGUUGGCGCUGCAGAUUUUCGAAACCUGUCCGGACAGGGCCCCCCACUUCGCCCCCCCCCCCCCCAGCCUGCUCACCUUGCCAGGGGGGGUUCACUUUCACGUGGCUCUCGCUUCGUGCGAUCUUGCAUGGGGGCGGUUGGGAGCUGGGCAAAAUGUUCAGUUUUGUGUGAGCAAGGGCCCCCGCUAUGGGAGUUUGUAAGCAGUGGCUCAGGAGAGUCCAGUGACGAAUGUCAACCGCUGUAAACUUUUGACGAAAUGUAUCAUGUGGCGGUAUAUGUACCGGUGCAGCGUAACAUAACCGGGUUGCUCUUAAAACAGUUCUGACAUCAAAUUUUAACGAACAUUUCCGUCUUCCGGCCGCUUCGGCAUCACGUGAACUGAUGUUGAUGCACCACCACCACCCCGUAGGAUUUUUUGAUCGGGGUUCACGAAGUGCGGGGAAAAGAAAAAAGUAAUUGUGAUUUUAUUUAUUUAUGGCGCAGCUCCGGUGUAGUACUGCCCUAUAUGUUCAAAUGUGGCUUAAUAUCGAUGCGUCGAGCUAUCAAAAUAAAUGACAAUAAAUGCAGAUUUUAUUCAUAAACCCAAAUUUUUGCCGCGAUCGAUUUCCUGGCCAAGUUAUGAAAGGAUGCAUAUGAAAGGUUGACUUGACCUCAGACGAGAAGCUUGAGCUUAAACCCGGGAGCUGAGUAAAGCAGCGUUAGCACCCCUGGCACAGUCCUGAGCCUCCUGUACCCCUGGCACAGUCGCCUCUACAGCUGGGUGCUGUUGACAAUGCAGGUGCAUUGGUUAACUCAUCACAUUGUGAUGAGUUAAUUGAACAUUGUAUUUUGACUUAAAACUUUCGUGACUGCAGGAAUUCAUAUUAUUUGGUUCUUUCGGUAAAGUCACGUUGAUAUAAAAAUAAUAAUAAAAAAUGAAGUAAAUAAAAAUAUUCACUUCAUUAUUAUUUUUCUUGUAUCUACGUGACUUUACUGAAAGAACUAAAGAAUAUCAUCACAUUGUAGAUUUAAAUUAUCUAUUGUGAAUGUUUGGCUCAUGAAAAAAUAUGAUCAUUGUAAUAAAACUGCCCCUUAAAUAAAAAAAACCCCAUAACUUCAACGAGUGAACAAUGUAAUAUGCUGCACUUACACACGUAAUGCUUGAUGGUUACACUUGAAUAUCACGUUUGACAUGCAACAGUGUUUGUGCUUCCGCAAAAUUUUAAUUGCCAUUUGAUUCGCGCGAUGCUGCUGCUGCUUGGCCCGGUGAGCGUGAAUGCAGUUGCCAGUAAAGCCCUGCCUUGCACCAGAUUUACGUCUUGCCCAAACGUGUCACGGUUUUCUCCAUUGUGCCAGUAGGCAUUGGCAAAUCGUGUUUUUAUUGCCAAAAAAAUGCGCGUUGUAUGUACGUUGAACUUCUUUACACCGUACGUAGCCAACCGUGACAAUUGGAGGUGCGAGGGAGAAGGAUAUCGGUGCAACAAACUGGCGGCGCGCGAAUCGAGUUUUACGCGAGAUUGCGGGCAGGUGCCAGUGCUAAGAACGACGAUAGCACCAGUAGCCACUUCGUGCAGUCGCCAAGAAGCUCCGCCUGCUUCUUUUCAGCUAAGUCUCAGGGUAACGUGAUUCAUCCACUUCAGAAUUCGGUGGGUGGGCGAAACAACAAAUGCGUGGCACUACGGACGUGUUGGCAGACGCUUCGAUAUUAGGACAGCCACUGGAGAUAUCUACUUUCAAAUAAUCUAGAUUGAAAACUCAUUUCUUCAGAACUGCUUCUUGUGUUUGGUUUGUUAUCCCCCCCGCCCCGCACCUCCAAUUUGCAUGUGAUUGGCACGGUUGGCUACGUACGGUGCGAAAGAAGUUCAACAUUUGUAUGUGCAUACAUACAGAGCGCCGUCGCGUAAAAUAAACGUUUCGCUCCGGGUCGGGACUGGUGUGAUACAGUCACCCUGUUCGCCGAGGCUUCCGGUGAUUAACAUCAGGGACCAUUGGGGCUCAUGAGGAAUGGAACAGGUUGAAUUGGAUCACGACAUUAAAUCAUUACAAUUCUUUUUUUUGUACUCGGAAAUGUUGAUUUGAUUACUUGUGGGACACAUUACGUACAGCAAUCGAAGCUCUCAGGUUUAUCUUGUAAAUGGGAAAAAUGGAAAAAUAAGCGUCGGUGGGGAUUACCGGCUGCGUUGUUGCGUGACGGUUGUUCCAGAUUGAAAACGAAUUCGCUCUGCUUUCUUUGCGUGACUUCAAAUGCACUGCGGAAAGAAUAAAACGCGCCCAGAGUUCCGUUUUGUACGUGGACCAAAAAAAAGAAACAAAAACCCCCCCGCAUCGUCAUAAGUUGAUUCAAAUCAAUUUGAGUUUUUAUGUUGCUUGACAAAUGAAGUGAAGUGUAAAAUCUUUUCCCCAUGUUUGUAUUCACCGCGUUGCCUCGCAAAGCGACUGACGCGAAACUCACGGUGGACAUCCUGAGAAUCAAACUUUGUUAUCGAAACGGUCGUAGUAAUUUAUUUACACCGAAUUCUGUAUUUUUUUAUUUUAUUUCUGCUUAAAUCCUGUGCUUACUACCAAUGUAGAAAUUGUCACAAAAAGCUAAAUUUUUACUCCUGUGCCCAAGUACCUGGAUCGAUGUCCAAAUGCCUUACUGUUAUCGAUAUUGUUUAUGGUGAAUACUUUUCUGGUUCAUGGCUUACUUUAAAUAAACGUUGCAUAAACUGGG